ACAGUUCUGGAGAAACAGCGCAAAGACAUGGCCAAGUUCGCAGAGGAGCAACAGGCACAGAGGGAAGACCUUAGUCGUGCCCACUCUGCCGAACUGGAGCAGAUGGAAGCAGAAUGGCGCAGUAAGCUAGAUGUUCAACAUGAAAAACACCUGUGUGCUGUCCAGGAACUCAACACACGACACACACAGAAGCUCCGCGAACUGGAAUCCUCGAGGCGUGCCCGGGAGUCUGAGCUGGAAAUGGCCAACGAGAGAUUAAUCCAGGAACAGGAAGCCCUGAAGCUGCAAUCCAAAAAGUUGGAGGAGACGCUGCUGAAUGAUACAGAUCACAGAUUGCUGGCCUUGAGGAAGAUGUGCACCUCUCUCAAGAGUGAGGUUGAGUCUCUAAAGACGGUGGUGGAGAUGAGAAACGCCGAGAUCCAUGAACUACGCGGCCAGGUGGUAGAAAUGGACAGGCUAACCAAUGACCUGGAAUUAGCCAGAGAAAAGUCGAAGGCCCUCCAGGCUAAGACUGAGGAUCUCCAGGCACAAAUGGAGAAGAGAUCUAUGUCUGAAAGACAUUUGGUCAAUGAACACAGACUUUUAAUCGAGACCUACCAGAGAGAGUCCAACAUCAACAAACGGCUGAGCCUUGAGAAUGAGGAACUAGCAUGGAAGCUCCGACAGCGAGAGGAGAUCAUGUCAACAUCGAUGCCUUCCUCCACCCUCGAUCUUGUGAGCCGAUCUCCCGCAUCAGCACGGCGCCAAGAGGGGGCGUCCUCCCCUCAGGCUGCCCCCCGAUCACCCAGGGUAGCUGGCCGUACUCCAUCAGGGAAAGUGUCGCCCUCCAAGAGCGAGGCCAGCAAGCGUAGGUCCAGGCUAGGCCUAUCGCCAGAUGACGGCAUGAAUGGAGACAGCAGAGUGCAGGAGGUUUCCCUGGAGUCCCCCCCACCAUCACCCUGUGUCAAGGCAGUGGUGGAAAAAUCAAAUUCUGUCUCAUUCAUUCUGGAUUUAAACGAUUCGCAAUCCGACGAUAGCUUUCUGGACUUGCCACCAUCCCCCAGGCCAAGACCACACCGGACAGCUUCCCUAAGUGCCGCAGACCGUCCUCGGACACCGACACAGGCCAGAAGAGUCAUGCACAACAACAGAACCAACAGCCUUAAUAAGAAUGGAAUUCACAUGGAUGGGAAAUCAAAAAACAUGAAUGGAAAGCCAAAGGAUUUUUUUGGGAAAGCUAGAGGGAUGAACGGAAAAGUCGGAGAAAUAAAUGGAAAGUCUCUUGACUCCAAUGGUCACAGCAGUCAGCCAGAGUCUGGGCGCAGUGCCUCCGAAAGCAGCGAGGGAGGGAGCGAAGUGGAGCGGGUUUCACCAACUGGUCUGGCUUGGACCGUUCCAGUCCACAAACCAAAGUCACCCACCAAAGGCCAUGCCUCGCGCCAGAAUGGGUCUCCAGUUAGAGGAAGAAUAGAACACCACCUCCUGGAGGAUCCCGAGGAAGAUGAAUAUGAAGAGACACCAACUCAUCAGUUCAUUGAGGUUGUUGAGUUGUCUGGAGUUGGACUGACUAGCAGCUCAGAAGCCGCUAGUGACUCUGAACUCUCUCAGUGUGACCUCAUAAAGGGUGGCUCAUCCACCGACUCUGACAGUGACAGCAGUGAGGGCGAACAUCACAACAAGAAGGACGCUACUAGCCACCAAACCCUAGGACAUAAGGGCGGACCAUGGUGUCCCAAGGAGGGUGCUGGUGAAGCUAUGAUCACAGAUGAGCUCUUAAAACAGUACACUAGUGACCCGCUGUCCAUGGAGCCCAAGCCAGUUCAAGGAAAGCGCCCCAUGCGCCGCCGGAUUCCCUCGGCACCAUCCUCAGAUUCUGACGACAAUAACAUGAAUAUCCACAACAAUGGUACUACCGGGGAUGUGAGCUGGUCUGAGGAUGUAGACAUCACCUCUAGCUCUGAGAUGCACGAGCUGUGACAACACAGUUCAUCUCCUUCAUCUCGACCGACAACUGACGAACGACUGCGAACGAUUAAGCACUGCCACAGCUUUCUAACUUGCCAUAUAACAAGUGAUCUCUCUCAUGGUACAACUUCCACUUGUGUAAAUGCAGAUCCACAACUUGUCCUUAAGACUACAGAGCCUUUAGCUCCAGUUGCUUAGAAUACUAGGGCGGAUUUCUUCAAUGAGAGGGAAAAUGCCGGUACCAUUAAUCAGAUGAAUCACUUGAUGGCUAGUUUGUGUUGUGUUUAUUUUCUAGUCAAGCUGUGUAAAUCCACACAACGGAUCCUAUUGUGCCCACUAGCUGCAGUCAGCCAAAGCAGCUGGGCUCCCUAGGGAAGUCUGUAAGUCUCCCGUGGAAGACCAGAGUUUCUCCCGGUGUCCUAAUUGCCUCCGUGCCAACACAAGCAAUAGGAGCAUUCUGGGGCGAUUUUUUGCCUUAUCAGACCUAUGUUUACUGGGUCACUUCCCUGUGGCACCUAUAUAUAUAAAUAUAUAUAUAUAUUUACCUGAGUACAUGCAAGAGUGUAAGGGUCAUUCUUAGAGAGUGACACGACGAUUAUAAGUCCACGCCUAGGUCAACGCUGAGCUGUACCAUAACCUACACACCGUUACCUAUGGAAUGAUAUGGUUGUAUGAAGGACUCAGUCGUUGGUUGUACAUAAUGUUUGCUGUGUAACUUUGAAAAUACGACAUAUAUAUUAUCACUCACACUAUAGUGUAAUAUAUCCAAUAAGAGCAUGACAUAUUUGCAGAUUCAACUACAGAGCUUAUACCCUAUUGAGAGUCCAGAAUUAAUGUAAUUUAUUAAAUGCACAAUGAAAAGCGCAAAAAAAUUAUUGUUUAUAUAUUUAAUUGUUUUUCAAGUUACAUGAUAUGUCAGUACAGUUAAUAAGUUUUGUUAAAGAUGGCAAAACACCUGUUAUAGAUAAUAAAUGGGCCACUAGGCAUGUGCCAGGCUUUGCUGACCAAUGACACAACUCCUACAUGCCUUCUGUUGUUGCCGCGAUUGGGCGGGUGUGCCCUCGACUCGCGGUCUUGUGAUCUAUGUUCUUAUGACUUAUCAGGUAGUCAUCAUGUUUCUCAGUAACAUAAUAGUUAAUGGAUUAAACUAUUCUUAAUGUAAUACGAAACUUGUAAAAAAAAUGAGGCCAUAGUGGUUGUUAUAAAUUCCAAGUCACUUUAGAGGAGGGAGUUGAUGGCACAAAAAAUGUGGCCACAACUUUUUAUCAGCAGAAAUCUUAUUUUGUGGCCAUUUCUGCAUUACAUAUGCAGGAACACACACGUCAACAUAUGCAAAGUGGUGCCAUGCGUUGCCUGUUUUUCUACCCAGUGUGCAAAGUGCUAAUUGUGCUAGGGCUGCGAGGGUCAGUCUGCCCGCGUGGAAGGUGUAACAUCCGAUGUAUAUUAUUAUACGGCGAAACAAUGAUUUUGUGCUUUAGGGAAACUAUGUACAAGGCUCUUUUUACUUGUUUUUUGCAAAUAAGGGAGACUGCCAUACAGUAAAUCCUUUCCUGAAAACACAGAAUUUCCCCCUCGCCGACGAUGUGUCAUGACAAAGAUUUCUUCCAAUGAUUAUUUAUGCAGAUAGACCAUUUUUGCCCUCACAUAUUCUUAGAAGAGUGUCUUGGUUUUAAUGAUUUAAGAGUAUUACAGCAUUGUUUAUACUAAGUUCAAAGCCCUGAUGUGAUCUUGUUUUACAUCUAUAUUACAACCCAGCUAUUAAGUUUAAAGACCCAAUGUGAUCUUACUGUAGGACAUAGAAAUAAAGCAAAGCUCGAUAAA